AUGGUUCAACAGUAUUUAGCAUCCCGGCUUCAACCCAUCAUCGUAGCAGUUUACGUCGACCCCCUGAUAUUGAGCGAAUUCGCAGUUGUGAGUCACACGGCGAAACGGUGGGAACAGCGCCCGCAACGAGGGAGAAAGCGACUCUCAAGAGAACGGGAUAUCCAUAGAGAUAUGGAUAUCAUGCUGAAUGUGAUCAAAUAUGGGAAUUUCAUUCUUUCAAUUGUUAUAUUUAACCGGUUUCAACUAUCCCUCUUUACCAUUACCAAAGUAAGGAGUAAAGGGCGAGCUAUGCUCGACAAGGUCGUUAACGCGGCACUGAAACACACUCGAUCUAUACAUACAGUAAUGAAAUGCUAUCAUAGUUAUAAUUGGCGGAUCAUUCCAUUUUUGGUUAGAGAGAACGUUCCCCGUUGCUUCGAUCGUUUGUUUAGUGAUACCAUCCUACAGUUCAACCUUUUCACUAAAAGGACUUCCAGGGAGCGGUUGGAUGGCAUCACCCUGAAAAGUACCGCACAAGAGGGUCGUCACACUCUACUGUUCAAGCAUAAUCUCUUUACUGAUAUAGUCUACCCAUUGCGAAGGCGUCUAAUCGAGAUACGAGAUCCUAAUAUGAAUGUUUCGGUUUCCAUCUCAUCUCCCUAUUUACGAUUGAUGUUACACGGUAUCCAAGGCACGACUUCUGUGGGCAAAUUGUACCAUCAUUUCACCGGGGCCAGGAGGUUAAACCGGCAUCAUGAUUCCACUGAUUACAAUUUCGGGUCUAGGAAAUGUGCCGUUGCAAUGCAAGAGAGAGGGAAUGCCGGAGAAAUCGAUCGGAGCUGCAUAUUUCAGCCCAUCGACAACUUAACCUUUGACGCUGUAACCCAACCGCCCAGAGCCCUCGGAUAUCUCGCAACCCUGCUCGCUGAACCCCCUCCCGCAAAUUGUUACAUGACAAAUGCCGUCACCUGGGCCAAAAUUCACCCGCCUCGUCUUGCGUCUCCAGUUCCGCAACUCGAAACAAAGCACUACCUCGCACCACCGCCACAACAAACAGACAUGGCCGACUCCAACACCUACAGAGACUGGCUGUUCAUUGAUGGCGAGCUCCGCCUCAUCCAGCAACGUGCUCCAUCUCCACUGCUGACACCACGGUCCACAGAGCGCAUCGAGUUCGACCGCCGCAUCGCCGAAUUCCGCUCGCAGCAAGCCUGCAACCCCAUCCCCACCAGGCCGGCUCACCGCUUCCUCAAUUCCCUGCAUUCCCUCUUUUCCCCUAUCCACAGCACACCUGAGAAAAGCCUAGAUAAAGUGCGUCGCGAUCAAGAAUUUCAAUUCCUCACCGCUCUUAUCGACAGUCGCUUAGCAUUCACCGAAUCCGCUGACGCCUUGCGCGAGUGCGGAAAGCGAUAUGAUUAUCUCAAACCUCUUUCACUCGAGCACUUGGUUUGGCUGUCCGAGUUCCCGGAGCUGCUAGACCGCUACUAUGAGCUCGAAGGACGCGUCAACCGCGUCAUUAACCACCGCCUUCAGCUCAUUCGCACCGGCAAGAUGCUAGAAGACGACUUUGACCUCGCCCUUAUUGAGAUAGAGCACCUUACCACAAUCGAAGAGGCGAAUAAGAAGAUUGUGGCAGAGAAGCAUGAUGAUCAAGUUCUCGCCUUGGUUCUGGGUACGCUGGAGAGGACGUUGAUGACGGACAUCAAUUUGAUGUUGGAGGGGGAGGAAAUGAAAAAGGAUGUCUUAAUUACGGAUAACGUGCCGCCAAACACGCUGCAUAGGAUUUUGAAGACGCCGACCUUGGCCAGAAGGUAUGAAGACCUCCAAGCCAUGGAGAAAAACAUCUUCCCAAGUCGGCACUCCCAGGCCAAACAGGGAGCAGGGAAGAAGCAGAGAGAAGAACAGGACCAAGAGGGUCCGCCUCGCUGUGAGGUGAGGGGAUGGGGGAAGGCUGAGGUGGAGGAUGGGAUCUCACCAAACCCAUCUUCAGGCUCUUUUCUGUUAUGGGGUGACCCAGGCACGACGUCGCCAAUAACCACAGCAUAUCAUCGCCCGCCGUUUACCGCCAAUGAGCUAAAGAAACAGGAAAUCGACUUCUUGCUAGCAUUUCAAAGCCACCCAACGGGAUGCCUUGCAGUCCUUGAAAUGCAACUCUGGUCGCUUGCCGUCUCUGGGUCAGAUCCCACACCGCCAACAUCCACGGCACACUUGCGCGAAUACUCACGUCAAAUUUCCAGAGCUGCCAUCGCCGACACCCUCAGCAUACUUGCGGGCAAUGAAAGAAAUCUAUAG